AUGGCCGCUCCUAGAACUAAGGGUGAUAUCGAGAGUAUCUUGAAUAAACUCGACACAGCGGACGAGAACAAAAUUGAAAGCGCAGAAAUUCAACAGCUGUUGACACAGCUCUACACAUCUACCAGGACUCUUCGUGAAGAUACCCUGCCGGCACUGUUCUCGAGACGGGGAGUGCGUAUCUUGGGUCGAUAUGCAUUUCAAGACACAGCAAAGCCGGAGCACAUUCCUGCUCUACGGUGCCUGAACAAUGUUCUCGUGAGGUCACCCCCAUCGCGUCUGUUUCUGUCGUCAGAGAUUGGAGCAGCCAAAAUUGCGAGCCUCUUCAAGCGGCAAGACCCCGAGGAUGAUUUGGCCUUAUCAAACAUCGUUGUUUUCUCAUGCCAUAGAAACAGCCUUGAUUUAACAGAGGUCCUCGAACAAGAUACGCUUGCCACCGACGUCAACGCUAUGAUUGCUCGUCAUGCGAAAUCUGGACCCUUUCCCACGGCGGAGCCUACAUCUUCUUCCGCAGGCAGUCUGAGACUCCUUGCAUCACUCGCUUCGCGGUAUGAGUCGCAGACGCACCUCUUCCUUGACUCGGUGGAUCAUGUGCUGGACAUGCUGGCUAAGGUGACGGUUGGCUCGCCCCCUCUCGAGCCUCCAGUCUCUCUGUUUGUCAACUGUUUGCCCGUCCUUCCUGUCCAGGAGAAGACCAAGAUCUCCGUCGAGGCAAUCGGCAAACUCGUUGAGAUUCUGAAGGCAUCUGUUGCUUCAUAUGCGACCAAGGAGGAUGGGAAAGACAUCUUGCCCCUCUUGUUUGGCCUCCGUCGCAUCGCCCAGUCCGAGGCCACCGAGGCAAAGACUCAUUUGAAGGCCAGCAUCAUACCCACAGAUGAGGACCGCCAUGAGGCCCUCGGCAAAGGCCAAACACUACCGCACAAGAUACUGAACUUGUCGAGUGAAUCCGUGUUCCCCGAGGUCCGCGAAGUCAUCAUGUCAUUGUUCUUUGAGCUGUCAGAUAAAGAUCCGUCACUGUUUGUGCACAACGUCGGGUUUGGCAAUGCUGCCGGCUAUCUCUCUUCUCAGGGGAUUGAAAUCUCACAGAAAGAACUCGGAGCAGCUUCGAACGCCCAUAUCAACCCGAUCACAGGACAGAGGGUCGAUUCCGAGCCUGACACUAUCCUGCCAGAAAUGACGGACGAGGAGAAGGAGCGCGAGGCAGAGCGUCUUUUCGUCUUGUUUGAACGAUUGAGAGCAACGGGCAUAGUUGAUGUCGAGAACCCGGUCGUAACAGCAGCCAGGGAGGGGAGGAUAGAAGAACUACCAUCUGACGAUGACGAGGAGGAAAAGAAAGAUGGUAAGGGGAAAUAA